UUUGGGAGGAAUGGGGGGGGGGUGAAUUGGGGCAUUGUUCGGACAUUCCCCAACUUCCUUUUCUCACUGCCUAAUAAUCAAUACGAAGGCGAGUGAAACCUGGUCAACCAGUUUCCAAUGUUACUGAAGGGGGAAUGUCCCCGAGACACACUCCGCUGAUCAGCAGAUGGAGUGGGGAUGUUUCACUCAUCGCAUCGCUAAACCAGCAUGGUCGAGUUACUAGAGUUGCUAGUUAGCCACGGGUUGGAGAGUGGCAGUGGAACAAGAUACUGACAUAGGACUGAGGUAUAAAGACCUUCUUUCUUCCCCAGGAUAUUUUUCAGUAUCAUCUACAAACAUACCAUCCAUCGUUACCAGUUACCACUCACAAUCCCAAUCACCACCACCACCACCACCACCACCACCACCACCACCACCACAAUGAAGCUCCUUGCUCUCCUCUCCGCCGCCGCCGGUGUCUCGGCUCUGCCCCAGGCCCAGCAGGCGCAGGCCAACUACAACUCGUUCUCGGUGAUGUCCGCCCGCUCCGGGUCGCCGGUGCACCUGCUGCCCUUGAACGCCGCCUCCGGGGGCUUCUACCUGGGGCUGCAGAACGCCUCCAGCUACUGCCCGGACCAGGUCGCCGAGCUGGGCGCCUGCCCGCCUGGCACCGAGACGGUGUUUGAUGCCGGUGCCAACUCUUUGGACGUCUCCGUCCCCGGCGGCCAACAAGUCUACAUCGCCCCCAGCGGCGCCCUGGCCUUCACGCAGCCCCACUCCGCCUACCUCCCCGCCGGCUCCGUCGUCGGCGCCUUCAGCUACUCCCAGACCGCCGGCGCCACCUUCGGGUACUGGACCCUGCCCAACAGCGGCCUGAUCGCUUGCCCGGUCCCCGCUGCCGCCUCUUCCUCCUCGGCUGCCCCGUCUGCCACCCCUGCUGCCGGCUCCGCUGCUGUGACCGCCAGCAAGUGGCAGGUCUUCGCUGCCUGGAGCAACGCCACCGUCCCCUCCGGCAACGUCGGCGACUGCCUCGGAUUCGAUGCCUUGGCUGUCGGUCGCAAUGGUAGUGCCGCUGCUUGGGAGUAUAUCUAAACGGUUACGGACUCCGUCACUGUCUGCGGAUUGGGUUGGGGAUUGUGCCCAUCGGUGGAAGUUCAUAAUGUUUCGGGGAUGUGAAUGAUUGGUAAUGGAUAUAUGUACUGUAUAUGAAUGUUGGGGAGGGGGUUGUGCCCAUCGGUGGAAGUUCAUAAUGUUUCGGGGAUGUGAAUGAUUGGUAAUGGAUAUAUGUACUGUAUAUGAAUGUUGGGGAGGGGGUUGGUUAGUGGCCCGUGUUUAUAAUGAAU